UUUCGAAAUAUCCUUUAGCCUAAAAGCGGGGUAGGGGAGGGACAGCUGGGGGUAUUAGGGCAGUAGGUUGGUGGAGGAGUCUUAUCUUUGUUUUCUGCCUUUGGAAGACUGGCUUGCUAGUGAGAUUGCAUGAAAGCUUCAACUCUUACACCAUUUCUCCUUUUCCUCCACAUUCUUAUAACUUCAUCACACUUCAACCUUUCAAGCCAAAAGUUUUAAGGCCCGAUACCUGCUCAAGCGUGAAGACUUUUGAAUGGGGAGGAGGAUUCUAAGAGAGUUUAACAUAAACAAAGUAGUCAUCUUUUGAGAAUCAGCAAGAACUUUAUUUUGACUCGUGUACUUUAUAAACAGAGCAAACAAAAGUUAGGUGCUCUGUGAAGUUCAGGUAGGGGGCUAGAUGAAGACAGGCCACCACUGAGUGCCCUUGCCUGUGCUAGUCUGGAUUUUCAUAACUUGUACUCUUUAGAAAAGAAAGCUGUUGUUUUUUGUUGAAAUUGGCAUCUUUGUGUUUAACUCCUGAAGUCCGCAGCUGAAUCCAAGGGAGUCCUGGACAACUACAAACUUUAUUUGGAAAAUGCAUCUGAUUCUUAUAGGAGACUCUAUGUUUUCAUGGAAUCAGGUUCACUUUGAUGUUUUGAUGUGGAAGCUAAGCAAAUAAAGGCUUAUUUAUAAACAAAAACAAACAAACAAAACCCCCAAAACCCCAACUUGACAUUCCAAACAAAAAACUCCUCUUGUUCAGAUGGUGCUCAAUUGCCAAGAAUGCUGUUAUCUCUUCACAAGUGCCCAUCCUGUGAAAGAAAAAAAAAAAGUCACGUAAUUAAGCAUUACAUACAUAGGGCCUUGCUGUGGGCAGUGUACUUAAUUAAUUUGGCUCGGAAAAGAAAGCAGAGGAAGGAAGGUAAAAGUCUUGCCCCAUCAGAUUCUGAUUGAAUCACAGCAAUGUAAAUCCAGAGUAAUUCAGUCAGGCAGCUGGCAGUCUGACUGCAUGCCACCGUUGCAAGGUAAAUAAUUCAUCCUUAAGUGUGUUUAUUGGUUGAUUUGUAGUGAGUGAGUGAGGCAGGAAUACUUGGCUUUGCUGUUGCGUGAGCAAUUCAUAAAAACAAAAUUAUCAGGUAAUUUGGUUCAUUUAAAUACUGCUUCUCUACAUAGAGGAAAAUUAUCUUUGCAUUUUGGCUCACACGCAGCAAUUCCACAUGUAUUUAUUCUGCCCUAAUAUACUUCUGGAAAGUAAGUGUUUCAUGCUACUUGGGGCAUGCUCCUCAGCUUAUCUGAUGAUUGAGGUAGGCCCUUCAGAAACAGUAUUUACUUAUUUAUUUAAUUAGACUACUGCCACAUCAUAACAGAAAUAGGAGACAAUUUGCAGGUAGCUGCCUGAGAAACCUACAGUGCUUGCUUUCUCUAAGCAGCUUGCUCUGCCAAAUGUUCUCCGAGCAUGGGUUUUACCACAUGUAUUUUACCACUAGUUUUGCAGUAUUUGUUCAGGAAUUGGGUGCAUCUUCUGCUUCACGAAAUAUUACUUUUGUGAAUUUCUUUAGUUUUUGAAUACUGUUUUCACGAGUGUAACAAACUUUGUCCACUAAUCCUAUUCCACGGAGGAACGUAAGGAUCAGGAUGGAAAGGGCUUCUUCAGCCAGGUGAUCCUUAAGAGGUUACUGCCUCUGUCUUCAGAGGGUUAUCUUUUUGGUUUCUAACUGGUCCUCUGACUGCCUGAAGUGUUGAAAUGGAGCAGUGGGCACUUGACUGGAGACAGAGAUCUCCAGAAUCUUGUCCCAAAGAUGGGAAUGAAAUGGGCCAUAGAGAGCCGUGACAUGAUCUCACUCGGAAAUACAGUGUCUCAGGAGCAGGGUAGUCAGAUUGUUUUCCUGCUGCCUAGUCUGGUUGGAUGAGAGAAGAGGAUCUUAUCUGUCAGGAAUAUUGAGUGAUAUUUCCGGAUUUCUUCCGAGGGUGGGACUGGGGUGGGCAGAGCAGUGGGCAGCAGGAAAUUAGGAGCCCUAAGUUUGACUUCUUGGUCUGCUGUGGCUGUCUGUUAUCUUGGGCAAGUCUGUUUCCCUCUUUCUGCCUGUCUUUCUUCCUGUGUAACAAAAUGCUAAUGUCCCCUUGCUGCAUCUGGGUCCUUAGUGUUGAGCUGGGGUGGAGGGACAGGCAGGGUCCAAAAUUGUCACUGCUUGUGGGGUCAGACUGUCUGUGACAGUGAAAAAUGAUUUUUCAGCUGUAUUUGCCUGGUUGCAGAUGCACAGACUUCAUCGUUUAUGCCAUGUAAUGGGGUGGUUGAUAAUUGGGGAAUUUUGGAGGUGUUCUGGGUUUGUAGUCAGUCUUUUUUUUUUUUUUUUUUUUGCAUGAAGGACUAUUGGGCAAGAGACAUUUGAGACGGACCCAAGCCUGUGAGAGUAGCAGACACCUUCUUCCCCUGAAAAUAAUUUUUGGAUUUGGGCAGAUAAAGUGGGGAGAAGUUGCUGAAUUAAGAAAGGGGAGAUUAAGGAACUGUCACAGCAUUAGACUGAGUCAGUUCCAUGUUGGAGUCUCUUUGGGUUUAAUGUUCUUUCUGUGUGUGUCUGUCUGUCUGUCUGUCUUCCUUCUCCUCCAUUCCUCUUCCCUUCCCCCUUCCUCUUCCCCCCUGUGCCCAGCUAGGAUGGAAGAAUCUCAUUUCAACUCCUCCCCGUACUUCUGGCCAGCAGUGCCCACCGUCUCGGGACAGAUUGAGAACACCAUGUUUAUUAACAAGAUGAAGGAGCAGCUAUUGCCCACAGAGAAGGGCUGCAGCCUGGCUCCCCCCCACUACCCUGCCUUGCUGACAGUACCCACUUCUGUCGCCCUACCCGCUGGUAUCUCCAUGGACUCGGACACCAAACCAGAGCAGCUGACACCCCACAGCCAAGCCCCUGUGACUCAGAACAUCACCGUGGUACCAGUGCAGUCUGCUGGGCUCAUGACAGCAGGUCCUGGUCUGGUGAUAACUUCCCCGUCAGGUUCCCUGGUGACCACAGCUUCCUCUGCCCAAACCUUUCCCAUCUCAGCUCCCAUGAUUGUCUCUGCGCUACCCCCUGGCUCCCAGGCAGCCCUCCAGGUGGUUCCUGACCUGUCCAAGAAAGGGACAACCACCCUCUCUGAAGGUGGUGGGGGUGGCGGGGGUGGGGGAGUUGCCCCCAAACCGCCCCGGGGCCGGAAGAAGAAACGAUUGCAGGAGUCAGGGCUGCCAGAGAUGAGCGACCCCUUUGUGCUGUCAAACGAGGAUGAUGAGGACCAGCACAAGGAUGGCAAGACAUACAGUUCCGUGAGCAGCGGAACUAAUGAAGCCUGGUUUCCAGCGGCUCUCUCCUGUGUGGAUUCUCUGAUGUCUAAUCAAGGGUGCCGGAUGUGUUCGCUGACCUUCUACUCCAAGUCGGAGAUGCAGAUCCACUCCAAGUCCCACACGGAGACAAAGCCACACAAGUGUCCUCACUGCUCCAAGAGCUUCGCCAACAGCUCCUACCUGGCCCAGCACAUUCGCAUCCACUCGGGGGCCAAGCCCUACACGUGCAGCUACUGCCAGAAGGCCUUCCGCCAGCUCUCCCACCUGCAGCAGCACACACGGAUCCACUCCAAGCUCCACACGGCGAUUGUCAAGCCGCACAAGUGUCCUCACUGCUCCAAGAGCUUCGCCAACACAUCCUACCUGGCCCAGCACCUCCGCAUCCACUCGGGGGCCAAGCCCUACACCUGCCGCUACUGCCAGAAGGCCUUCCGCCAGCUCUCCCACCUGCAGCAGCACACACGUAUCCACACUGGGGACCGACCCUACAAAUGCGCUCACCCUGGGUGUGAAAAGGCUUUCACCCAGCUUUCCAACCUGCAGUCCCACAGACGGCAGCACAACAAAGACAAACCUUUCAAGUGCCACAACUGCCACCGUGCGUACACGGAUGCCGCCUCGUUGGAGGUACACCUGGCUACACACACGGUGAAACACGCCAAGGUCUACACCUGCUCCAUCUGCAGCCGGGCCUACACCUCGGAGACGUACCUGAUGAAGCACAUGCGGAAACACAACAUCCCUGACCCACAGCAGCAGGUGGUUCAGGCGCAAGCCCAGGCCUCUCAGCAGCAGCAGCACUUCCAGCCGCAGGGCGGGGGGGCAGCAGGGGGCCCUUCUGGAGACACUAACCAACCCAACCCUCCCCCCCAGUGCUCCUUUGACCUGACUCCUUACAAGACUUCAGAGCAUCACAAGGACAUCUGCCUCACUGUCAGCACCAGCGCCAUCCAAGUGGAGCACCUCUCCAGCUCCUAGAGAGACCUCAACCCAGGGAGCAGAAAGCCUCUUGUGCAUAGCCUGCGCCCAGGGGCACCGCUUUGUUUAGCGGCCCUCCUCGUGCAACAGUCUCCGGCCUCUCCUCCUGCAACAGCCUCUUCUGGCCGUGUAACCCUGUUCAUGGCAGCCCCUUGAACAACAGCCUGUCUCAAGGGGGUGCUCCUUCUGUGCAACAGCCUGCCUGGUAGGAGGAUGCUUCCUUGUGCAAGAGCCCCUUUCCUGUGCUGGGAUCACUUCCUCAUGCAAGAGCCCCUCCUUUCAAACCCAAAGAAAGGCCCCCGUUUUGCCUUCUCUCUCACUGUAGAAUGCGUAUGAAGGGGGGGUGCGUGUUGAGACAUGCAUGGUGGAUGGGAUGGAGAGACGGUCCUUGUGCGUACAGGGGCUCGGACACACGUUUUCAGCAGGCCACAGAAGAAUGUGGCAGGGUUCACAGCUGGAUGGGGUUUUUUUGAGGAUUUCCUUGAGUGUCUAAGAGAGAAAUAUCCAUUCCUGUCCCUCCUGCUUGUGAAAGGGAGGAGGGGUCGCUUGUCCUGCCCCAAGGACUGGAUGGGAGAAACCUCCUUCUCCCCAGUGGAAGGUGAGACCAGUGGCAGGGCGAGGGGGGAGAGGUGAGGCAUGUUCUCUGGGCUGGACAGGUGCCUACACUGCCCGAGGGCUGUGGAGUAUUGCACUCUUUCUCCUCCCUCGGUGGAGAGCAAUAGAGAGGAGUCUGUCCGAACUGGCUGCUGCCUCUCUCUCCCAGCUGUCUGAGCAGCACGAUGGCCGAGGCCCUGUAGGAAUGUGGGUUCCUGCUCAUUGCUCUUCCUGCCCGUUGUGGAUGAUGUCCUAGCAGCUUGUACUCCUCCUCCUC